CUUUUAUUUUGUUCCUCAGCUGCGACACGCAUGAUAGCCAAUGCUUUGAGCCAUGACUCUCCACCAGCCACGCCAGCCCGCCGGCCUGACAACCGCCUCUCCGUCACAGUGUCCAACACGCAAGCAAACAAGAGUAACAAAGCAGUUAUACGCCAACCAGCUGACGAGGGGAACGGUCUGCCUGUAGUGAAGCGUCGCCGCGUAACAGCUGAGAUGGAAGGCAAGUACAUCAUCAACAUGCCCAAGGGCACCACUCCUCGCACACGCCGAAUCCUGGCCCAGCAGGCCAAGAAAGGUUUGAAACGCACGUCUGUGUUUGCGAGACUUGGAGCUGAAUCGAAGGCAGACACGACAACGGGCGGUAACAAGCCGACCGGCGUGUUCAGCCGCCUCGACAGAGGGGAAGAAGCUGCAGACGAGCCGACAGCUGGAAACGCAGGUGAAAACGAGGACGACAGCGAUGGAGAAGGCUCUGUCCUCCAGUAUGCUGGCGUCCUCAAGAAACCCCCUUCCCUCCAGAAAAAAGAGUCUGCGAUAAAAGCGCCCCCCAUCACCCUGCGGCGCCUCGGCGGCAAAUUCAAACUACCUCCCUCUGAUACACCCACCUCCUCCUCACCUUCCCUGAAUGGUCUCCCCCCUGCUAAGAUUAGUGUUCUUCAGAGACUGGGCAAGCCCCCCGCAACACACUCAAAAACCAGUGUGUCGCAGACACCCGCUGACACACAGGACAACAGAGUGACCAGCACCAGAUCCCGAGCCCAGGAGAGGACGACUGUAGCAAGCUCCAAGGUGAGCAGCAGCACCGGAGGAGCUGGAAUGGGAGGAGAGUCCGCGGGAGCCCAGAUGGACGUUAAAGCUAUCAGUGUUUUCAAGAGACUGGGCAGCAAGAGAACCUAACACACUCACCCCACCACCACCACCCAAAAAAUACUCUUUCUUUACACUCUUUUUAAAGUUUGUAUCGCCAACUUUUAGGAUUUAUCUUGCUGCAAUAUUUUUUGUUUUGUUUUUGUGUUUGGAUAAAUGACAAAGAUUAUCAUUUACAUUACACUCAUUAUUCAUGCUGCCAUUGGAAAAAUGUUUACCGUUUAGUGUCCAAACCUAUUAUUUAAGGACUUAUGGUCUGCAUUUGUUAGCUUAAAGCAUGAGCUUGGCAUACGCUACCCCCACCACACCCCACACGAGGAUGCUGCUGCUGCCUCCACUCCCUGAAUGCCCCUGAAUGAAUAGUGAGGCUGUAGAAAAUGUUGCAUCUCCAAGAAUAAUUAUGUAAGUGUUUUAUUGAUAUUUGCCUGAACAUGUAAAAUGUACAGAUUUUUGUUUUGUUUUAUUUUAUUUUUUAUUUUUAAGUUGAAUACACAGGACAGCAGUCAGACUAGUAAGGAGAUGAUAAGUUAAAGUUAAUCUUCUAACCUUCACAUAAGAAUUACCUCCUUUUCAAAGUAUGAAAAGUGUCGAUAACAAGCUUCUGAACUCAGACCCCGAACUUGUGAGAGGGGAAAGGAAAAAAUUCAAACUAUUAAACAGAACAACCUCGA